AUGGCAGGCCUUAGCACCAGUGCAGGGCCUCCUGUUGUAAAUGUGUACCAUGAGAAAUCCAUGAUCCUACCGGAUGUGUCGAGGGUGCUGACAUGCCUGUACGAGAAAAAUGUCAAAUUUGAGACAUUCAAAGCCUCUUACAAGGACAUACUCAGCCUCCAGGCGUCCAGGAGUGUUCCAGUUCCGUUCUACGAUGGACCCAUAUUUCUGCAAGAUUCAAGAGCAAUCUGUCGCUAUAUAGCAGAGACCUACGAGCAUCAAGGGUAUCCUUUCCUUCUGGGAAAGGAUGUCCUUGAAAGGGCUUCAAUUGAACAAUGGCUCAGGAACGAGGAGCAUGCCUUCGAUCCUCCGAGCCGGGCAUUGUUCUGCCACCUUGCCUUCCCACUGGAAGACAAGGAUGAUGACUAUGAUGAAGACAUCAACAGAGAGAAGCGGAAGCUGGAGGAAGUCCUAGAAGUUUAUGAGCAGAGGCUUGGUGAGACCGAGUUCCUUGUGAGGAAUAAGUUCACCCUUGCUGACCUUGUUCACCUGCCAGGCACCCACCACGUCAUCACAUCAGAGAGGUUCGCUUACUUGUAUGACUCGAGGAAGAAUGUGCAGAGGUGGUGGAACACAAUCUCUGCCCGUGAUUCCUGGCAGCAGGUGCUGAAGGACAUGAAGGCUGUGGAGGAGGAGCACAGAAAGGAGGAACUCAAGAAGGAGCAGCAACAAUGGCAGACAGAGUAUUUGCAGCCAUUCAGUGGCCGUGAUAUUCACAUAAGCCAUCAGCAGCAAGAGGGUACAAAGUCACAGACAGUGCUUGUUCCUCCUCCCAGCACUGGUACCAUCAUAACCUCCAUUCCAUCAGCUCCACAAGAACAUGAAACUGCCUCUGAGCUUAAGCCUUCUUCACUUAUCCAAAGAAAUGAAGGUGGCUUCUUUACAACCACUGAAAAACAUCCACCAACAACAAGGCAGAGAGAUCCCAACACUCAGAAACCACCUAGCAGUGUCCAGAACACUAAAAGUAGCUUCUUCCAGCCUUCCACUACAACUACCACUACCAAGAUGGAUCAGAGAACCGAUUCAGAGAAUCCCAGCCAGAAAGGUGCCUCAACUCCUAGCAAAACCAGUCAAAGGCAAGCUGGUGCCCUAGCUGACACCAAGAGAGCAACUGGAGCUGAUCAAGAUAGGGCUCCAUCUCCAGCCAAGAAAUCAGGUGUCCAGGAUGUCCAGAAACAAGGUAAGGCAAUACCUACUGGGCAGAAAGUAUCUGGCACAUCACCAAGGCAAGUAGAAUCUGAAGAAGAUACUCAGGAUGGCACUGAUGGAGAUGAAAGAUUCUCAACUAAAAGGCUCCGGAGAAUGUUUAAUCCAGAUGCUCAAGGUUCUCAAGACCCAACCAUGGAGGAGGAAGCACCUGUCAUCAAGGAUCCUUCAGGUGUGCAUAACAGAGAAAAGCAAACCACAACAGUCCCAGCCAACAAAAUAACCAGCUCUCCAUCAACAGGCACAAGAGCCCCUUAUACUCCAGAAGCUGCAGAUGAAAGGGGAGACAUUUCGCCACCUAAAGGAGUGCCUUACAAUGAUUGUGCUACUGCUAGGCCAGGAUAUUCACAAAGCAUCCAACAAGUACCUCCUCCUACUCCUAGCAAUGACAAGUUGGCCAAAAUAGAAGGUGUUGACAUAAGAAAACCACAACGCACAUCGCAGCAAACCCCAGCUGAUGCUAAAAGUAGUCCAGAACUGAUGCAAGGAGCUGACCCACGUGCUCGUAUUUUCAGUGAUGAACAGACAAAGAAGAGUUCCACCAUGGGCGAAAGAGCUCUAGAGGCAACAAGGAAAGCUUCUGACAGUCAAGGUACAUCAGCAUCAGUCCAAAAAGCAAUUCUUGAUAUUUAUGGGAAGCAAGCUCCAGCUAGCCAAGGAGAAAUCCCAGGUGUUCAAGAUACUGGUGACCGUGACACAAACAAAAAAUCUAUUGUUGGCAAAAGGGCAGCAGAACCAACUUCAGGAACCCUCGGUGAUAAAUCAACCAUAGCAGCAAUGGUCGAUCCAAGUGCAGCACUUCCUGCACCAGCGCGAACACAAGCUUCUGUUGGACAAAAUGCUUCUGUAGAUCCCAGUGAAGGAAAUCUUGAUGAGAAUGGCAAGAACAAGGCAGCCAAAUCAUCUCCUGAUGAUCCAAGAAGCAAGCUCCUAAUUACACCAGGAAAGCUAGCACCAAAUCCAGACACACAAAACCGUGCAACUUCAGGCCAAUUGUCAAAACCAUCACCGCAAUUAUCUUCUUUAUCUGAUAUAAGGAAUGAGAAGACCAGUAUUGCUGAAACCAGUCAAACCAGUGUGGUAUCGCCCAAUAGGCAACCGGGUGGGCAAGCUCCCAGGAAUACUGGAGUACUUUCUUCUGUGCCUCCACGAGUGAAACCACCUGAAGAUAAUAAUAAAGCAUAUGAGGAAGAAGCAGUAGAACAGGUAGCAAGAGAUCAAUCCAAGGCUCAGCUAGCUGAAAACAAGAAGCAAGGUGAUUAUGCAGCACCAGUCACUAGAAUUGGCAAGAGCAAAGAGGAAGAUUCCUUGGCAGAUGCCAGUAGCUAUAACAUGGGACAAGCUCAAGCAACGACAACUGGUGAAACAUCCAAGCUACAGAUACAGUCUGACCAGAACAAGCCUCAGGCAUCUAAAGAUGGUGGCAAGCAAACCGACGAGACAGCAAAUUCUCCUACCUUAGCAACAUCCGAAGAAGUAUUGCCUUCAAACCCUGAGAAGAGCAAGCAACUGCAAGGAGAAAAGUCUGCUAUAACACUGCAAGAAAAUGUGAAGCAGGGUUCUGAAGCUGCAUCACUGGGGUCAGGAGCAGAGCAGCAAAGGAAGAAGGAUCUCCCCACAAAUGCUGAUAAGAACUAUGAGAAAAGUUCAGAAGUUAUUUCUGAAGAAAAAAUCACCUCUGAUACUCAGCAAGUGAAGAACAGCAGAAAUGACAGCACAUCAGAUAGGUCAAUUAAACCCAGUCAGUCAGAGGGUAACAAAGAUAAUCUUCCUGAAUCAGAGAGACGUGGCACAUAG